UCAGGCGUCAGUCAGCGGGUGCGGAGGCCAAGGCGUCGCUAGUCAGCCCCGCCUCAGUCAGGCCCGGCCGCCUCACGCUCGGGGGGCUGGAGCAGGUUUCCGCGGCUGCCCCGAGGCGCGAGGGAGGAUUUUGUUCCGUGCCGUCUAGGGAGAAGAUGACUUUUCAGUGGACAGCAGUUGCAACCUUUCUGUAUACUGAAAUAGGAGUGAUUUUACUGCUCUGUGUACCGUUUAUUUCUCCACUAAGAUGGCAGAAGAUCUUUAUGAUUCCACUAUGGAAUAAAAUAGCAAAUUAUUGGAAUAAGGCAUUCCUAACAAUAAUCGUUCUACUGAUUGUUUUGUUUCUUGAUGCUAUUAGAGAAGUGAAGAAAUACUCAACUGCACAAGGGACUGAAAAGGCUGCAAAUAUCAACCCCAAUGCCUAUGAUCAUAUUCAGAUGAAACUUUUUAGGUCACAAAGAAACCUUUACAUCUCAGGAUUCUCCCUGUUUCUCUGGCUUGUACUGAGACGUACUGUCACCCUUAUUACUCAGUUGGCAAAAGAGUUGGGAAUUCAGGUAGCUAUGGAAAUUCAAGUAGCAAAUACUAAUGAAGCUGCCAGAAAAUACAUGGAGGAGAAUGAAAAGUUGCAACAGGCGUUGAAUGAAAAAGGGAAGUGUGAAAAUGAACAGGCUCUAGAAGAACACAAUAAAAAACUAAGGAAAGAAACAGAAAAACUGAAAGCGGAAUUAAAGAAAACUUCAAAUGCCCUUUCCAAGGCAACAAAUGAAGUGACUGCAAUUAAAAAGCAAUCUGAAGGCCUUAAAAGAGAAUACGAUCGCCUUAUGAAAGAACAUGAACGGCUGCAGGACUUCCUAGAUGAAGAGGAGGACAAGAAAGACCAGUAGAAGCAAUUCAGGAAAGACUACUUUGAUAUAACUGCAUCAGUGUGAAGUCUCUUGUUCUUUUCUUUAGCCUCCUGAAGUAGAUGGCACAAGGUUUGAUUUUCUUAAGAAAAUCAAAUGCACUGUAGUUCACUACUCAGAUUCUACUUAUAGCUCUUGGUUGCCAAAUAUAUUCUGUGUUGCAAUGAGAAUACAAAGUGAUAUAUGGGAUAUGCCUUGAAGUUUAUAUUUCAGUUCUCGUGAGGAAAAAUGUAAGCAUAUAAAUGGAAAUUUUCCAUCUGCACUAACAACUCAGAUGAUCUCUAUCCGUUUGCUCUCAAAAAUGGUAAGAGAUCAUGCACAAUAACACCAAUUGCUUGUUACAUUUGACUGGUUUUGUAAAUCACACCAAACCAUCAAAACAUGGUGACUUUAACCCCUUUUUGCCAGUGACUAUCAGGACUCCUAUGAAAUUUGAUUACUUAUGGGUUAAAUAAGACUAAAUAUUUUUCCUUUUCCAUUCUACUUGUGUAGAAGGAUUUGAUUGACAAUCGGUUAAAAAAAAAAAGAUUUCUAAAUCCAACUUACACUAAUUGUUUUUUUCCCAUUGUGCCACACAGAUGGGUGUGUUUCACAAUUAUCCAUUUUGCAUGCCUUUGGGUUAUUCUUUUGGAGUACUUCAGAAUUUUUUGUCAUAAAAAUAGUAUUGGUGCACUUUUUAUUAUUCCCUGAUUCAUUUGUACAAGGAUUUUAAUCUAUUUACUUUGUGUGUGUGCCACUGAGUUUUCUUGCUUUGGAAAGUGUAAAAUUCUUUGAAGAAUGUUCAUGUAUAAUUUACUUAUAUUGAUGAAAAGCAAUUCAUGGUUAAGGAGUAAUUAUACAAUACCUCAAAAUAAAUAUACAUUGUUUUUACAUUAUCUGUUUUUUGCAUCUGACAGCUAAAUUCUGAGUAAUUUUGCAUUAGUGAUUCAAAUUUUGUACUUAGAAGUUGGAUAUGAUUGUUAUAUUAAAGGGAUUGUUUAAGCUUA